AUGCGGCCGCCCGGUGUGCUUGACACAAUCGAGGGCUCGCUGUCAUCGCUCGACACGGAGCAGACCACCGGCGCCACGCUGAGGUCCUCCACCCACAUGCGCAGCGGGGCGCCGUCUUUUGCGGACAUCAUGACGAAAAAAGUGCUGGUGAAGCGGCGCAUGGUAAAGGCGCAGCUCUUCGGAGACCCACUCAAGAGCUUCCGUGUGGUGUCGAAUUUUGGCACCGUGCCCGGUGCGAACAGCAAGGUGGAGGGAACGAUACGAAUGCUGAUCAAGCCUGCUAUCGAGAAGCUCAUGGUGGAAGGCAUCGUUUUCACCAUGUAG